ACAAACUCGGAAGGCACACUUGUGAUGAGUCUUCAUGAUGAAGAUGCUUCACUCAGUUACAAAAGUUCCACUGAUCACCACAAUUCAUUGACUCCUACAAAUGAAGGCCAUUCUUCAUUUGAAAAUAACAGCAUUCAAUCAGUACGCGAGAUGAUCCUUCAAAGAGAAAAGCUGAAUAAAAGUGUUAACACUUCAAGCACCAAGAAAAUAAUGCAGUCACCAACAGAUGACAAAUCUCCUGAAGAAUCUGUCACCGAUAUAAAAGAUAAAGUGAAAUCCAUGGUGCAACAAUUUGAAUCAAAGAUAUGUCAAAGACUUUCACCCAAAUUAAAUGGCACUGAUUUUACUAGUAAGUCAGAUUGUAAUAUUGAUCAUCAAUACAGUUUAUGUUUCACCACUCCUUUGUUUCAAAGCAAAGAGAAGACAAUGGCAGACUGUAGUCAAGAAUCAACGACUUUUAAAACACUAAACAAUUUGGAAAAGUAUCCAAUGAAUACUUCCCAUAAUGAAUAUGGAUCACAAUUUGAUACAAAGAAAUCCAUAGGCUGGGAUGUGAGCAAUCCUGAUUUAGGAUUCUCUACAUUUACAAAAUAUGUUAAGCAAGAUAAUCCAACAGCUUCUACUCGCUAUAGUUUAAUAAAUCACCAAACAUUUAAUGAAUGGAUGCCAUUCAGCAAUCAAACAGAAGAUGUACCUGGCCUUAUUAUUACAAACUCUAAUGUUAACACCACUAUCGUUCAGCUUUAUCCAGAAAAGUUGAAUUCGUCAGUUUCUGAAAUGAAAGAAAGCUUCCACAAACUCUUGGAACACACUAGAACAGAAACUAAAAAUGAAGGCAAUGAUAAUAAUAAAACUGUACAUGAUGAAAUGGCAGACUACUUCCAAUUAUUUCAAGAUGAUAACCAAUUUAAUUAUGCAGUUUCUGAAACUUCUAUGCAUAGAGAAUUUUCUGAUGCAAGUUAUAUAGUUCCUGUCAAGACUCAAGAACAACAUACUGACUUUAAUCAAUCUGCUACACAAACAGCUGAAAUACAAAACAAGAGUGAAGAGGAAAUCCUGAAGAGAUCUUCAGUUGAUAACCUGAUCACUGCAUUUUCAUAUGGUCAAGAUGCUAAUGCUAAGAGAGUUCCAACUGUUAGUGAUUAUUUUAGCCUCAAUGUUUCACCUAUAAGUCCAGAACAUAACACCUCAAAAAAUGUUCAUAAAAAUUGCAUUUCUUCAAAAUGGAUUGUUACAGAACUUAACAGUAUUUGCCCUGAAUUACAAAUAGAUUAUGAUCCUAAUGAAAAGUCUGCUAUGUUAAAACUGAUGAAGGCAUUUGAUGAUCUCAAAAACCUUAUGUUUUCUCUCAAGAAUGAUGGGAAAAAUACAGCAGAGCUUUUUGAGGAAAAUAAAACAGAAAUGAAGAUCAUUUGGAAGUAUAUGAAAGAAUUACAAGCUAAAUAUAGCAGACUUCAUUCCCAGUCCAUUAAAGAUAAUUUAAAACUUGCUGAGCUAAGUGACCAUAAUUCCCAAACGGAACAGAUGAAAGCAAUUCUCAUAAAACGAAUAAAUCAUUUACAGGACAAUCUUCCUACUUCUGAUAUGACACUUUUCCAAUUAGUGAAUACACUUUUAAAAGUAGAAUUACAGGCAACUGAAAAAAAGUUUCUAAAACAGAUUAAAGACAUUAAACAUAGGUAUUAUCUGCAAAAAAUGAAUGGAAGCAUUAGAAAUGUACAUUAUAUGCACUAUCACGGCACACAAGAUACUUUCAACAAAAGCUCUGAAAAUGAAAGACAAAUUAAACCUCUUAUAGAAGAGAUUAUGAAUCUGGAAGAUUUAAUUGAAACUAAAAAUUCUAAACUGAUGCAAAUAGCAAGGGAGAAAAGUCAACUUGAAGAUGAUUUAAAAAUGGCACAUCAAAAGAUUUAUCAAUUAGAGAAAAUAAACAAAUUAUCAAAGAUGAGUGUCAGUCAACAAAUGUAUAAACAAAGCAAAUUCCAAAAGGAAACUGUGUUAUGGAAGGAAAACUGCUAUUGAUGAAAUAAAUGUUAGGAAUAAAUUUUGUUUUACUGGCAAUCUCUUUGAGACAGAAGGUGAGUUAUGAGGUAAUACAUAACAAUUUGACACCAGUCCAACAUCAUAACAGAUAUGUUCUCAACUGGAACCAAACAAAAACAAUACCACUGUUUGUGGGUAUAUAUAACAUGGGGUAAUAUGUAUAAACAUAUAUAUAAAGAGGGUUUUGUUACUUUGGAAAACAACAUUUAACAAGAGAUAAAACACCGGGUAAUUUUUCGAAAUUAUAACUAGUUUUUAGUUAUAUAAGAAUGUGUUAAGUUUUUGAUAUUACUGCACAAUGUUCUAAUUUAAAAUUUUCAUUCCCUCCCAUCCAUCUUGAGCCAUGAAAUCAUUUGAAUUUUGUUUUUUAUGAAAUUUAAAGAUUCAUUUGUAUACAUA